AUGGUAGUCUCUAUCCGCAUCCCGCCGGAGUCGCCCAGCUCUCUGCUGCCCCAAUACGCCUACCGCACCUCCUCGCGGCCCCUCACACCACGGGGGUACCGCCGUCUGCUCCCACUGCUUCUCGCGUUCAUCUUCGUGGUGGAAACAUACCGACUCUUCCACACCCCCAGCUCCAACUCCACCCCCAUCUCCGCCGAUCCCUCACCCUCCCUCGACACCGACCUCGACCUCCCCCCCGCCCCCGUGGGCCUCUCGCACCUGAUAAUCGUCGCCUGCCACGCUAUCUGGAUACCGGGUCCGACGCUGGGGUCCUCCGCAUCGGAAUGGGUACUAGAGCCGUACCAACUCUCGCUGACCCCUCCGGCCUCAUCCACCUUCCUCGCGCACAUCUCGCGGGGCGCGUCCCUCGCCGUAGCGGACCCCUCCUCCCUGCUCGUCUUCUCUGGCGGGGAAACGCGGCCCUCAGCCGGCCCGCGCACCGAGGCGGCGGGCUACUUCGAGCUGGCCGCGCAGCGGGGAUGGGUUGGCGAGCAACUGCAGGCGCGCACAACGACGGAGACGCAGGCGCUGGAUUCGUAUCAGAACUUGGUGUUCUCGUUGCUUAGGUUCCGAGAGGUGACGGGCGGCUGGCCGGAAAGGGUCACGGUUGUUAGUUAUGAGUUUAAAAGGAGGAGGUUUGUGGACCUGCAUAGAGCUGCGAUUGGGUGGCCCGGGGCGAGGUUUGAGUUUGUUGGUGUGGAUCCGGAGUGGACGGGGGUGGAGGGGGAGAGGGAGAGGGAGCUGGUGGAACAGGGCGAGUGGAGGAAUGCGAGACGGCUGUGGGAGAGGGAUCCGUAUGCGUGUGGUAUUGGUGGGGAGGAGGAGGAGGGCGGGGUGCGUGGGGGGGAGCUCAGGGAGAAGAGGAGGGGUAGGAAUGCUGGUAGGAGGAGGGGGUAUGUACUCGAUGGCGUUGACGCAUCGGUCAAGAGGUUGCUCGGAUGGUGUAGUGAGGGCGGGAGCGAGGGGAGGAUGUUUGAUGAGCGGUUGCCGUGGACGGAGGUUGAGGAGUAG